AUGGUUUCAAAUAAUUAUUGUUUAGUUUAUGUUAUAAUUAGUUCAAUAAUCAUAUGUUUGUUCAGUUAUUUUGUGGUAGUCUUAGUCAAUGAUCAAUCUCUUGACAUCUUUGAUAACAAUUACCACAAAUGUUCACUAAAUAUAUUUAUUGCAAUACUUUCGCAAAGAAGUCAUUUCGACAAAAGACAAACAUUGAGACAAACUUGGAUUCAGACCAUCGAUGAGAUCAAUAGAAAUAAUUCAUUGAUUAUAUCAUCAAAUCGGCAAUUAUGUGACAUCAAAGUGACCGCGAAGUUCAUCAUCGGACACAAGGACUGUCCGAUUCAUCGGCUGUAUCGCCAAAAUGAUUAUAAUUGUCAUUACAAUGAGCUGUUGAUGACAGAGACAGCCAAUGAUAUAAAUCUACAAGAAGUCCAUCAUUUUGCCGACAGAUCUCCAUCUGAUACACAGAUAUUUCGUGGAUUGAGUUUUGUGAUAAGACAUACAAUAGUUGUGACCAAAUUAGGGAUUCAUAAGACUUUUUUAAACGAUUAUCAAAAUAUUACAAUUGUUUUACUGAACGCCGCAAAUAAAGAUAUAAUUGUCAGCAAAAAUAUAUCGAUAAAAUCAAUUAAUUUCAAUAAUAAUUAUUACGAAACUAUUGAACCAAUAGUCUUAGCCAAAGAUUUUUAUGGAUUGCUUAUAAUAGACAAUCAAUUGAUGACUUUUGAUGACAAUAACCAAAUAAAUAUAACAUACAAUCAAAAUGGAUUUAUUCAUAUUUUGAGGGCUUAUUAUGGAUUCACUGAUUUUGAAUCCAUUUCAUAUAAUCCACAGCUAAUUAUUGGACCAACUUUUACAUACAAAGUAUUUGAUAUAAAAGCAAUUGAAUUACUUAUAAAUUCUCAAAAUGAGACUCAAAUCCAAUGGACUAAUGAAUUGAUAAGAACUGAGAAGAGUUUGGCUCAAGAAAUUGCUGUCAAUAAUGAUAUACUAGUCGUUGAAACCAUUGAUGUCUAUAGAAAUUUAGUCGAAAAAGUUAUUCAAUCUCUUCAAUUUACAAUUGAAUUUUUUAACGGAUUAACACAUUUUGUGAAGACCGACGAUGACUGCUAUUUGAAUAUUAUUAAUAUAAUUAAAGAAUUAAUUGAAAAUAAUCGCAUGAAAAAUGUUUGGUUUGGAAAUUUUAGGAGAGUUUGGCCGUUAGACUAUUGGGGCAAAUGGGCUGAAAAUGAAUACGAGUCUCCUAUAUAUCCAACAUUUGCUUGUGGUUCGGGUUAUGUAUUAUCAUCUGAUUUGGUUAAAUGGAUAUCAUAUAACACACAUUAUUUGCAUAGAUUUCAAGGAGAAGAUGUUUCAAUGGGAAUUUGGUUAUCAGCUAUUAAACCAAUUUAUAAAGAUGACAAACGAUGGUUUUGUAACAAUAGUCAGAUCAAUAUGAGUCAUGGCUUUAGUUUCCCUCAAUUAGAUAAACAGCAAAUUAUAAAAAUACAUAAAUUCAUAUCAAAUCGUAACAAAAAUACUUAA